AUGGCACCCAAGAAAAAAGAACAUUCAAUUGAUGUUCGAUCUCAAGUAAUUCAACAUUUUCUCAAUGGUGAUUCGUACACUGACAUCGUCGACAAAGUGUUAAUUCCACGUCCAACUAUCGUAUCGAUCGUACAAAAAUAUAAAAAGUCAAAAUGUGUUUUGAAUAUUUCUGGACGUGGCCGCAAACGAAAAACGACGGUUGCCGUCGAUCGAAUUAUUCGGCGGAAAAUCAAAGUUGAUCGUCGAAAAUCGGCAACAGCGGUCAAAAUUGAAAUCGAAAAAGAACUGGGCGUUGUUAUUCACGCGAAUACCGUACGAAAUCGUCUUCAUGAAAUCGGUCUUUAUGGUCGAGUAGCUCGAAAGAAACCCUAUGUGAAUAAAGUUAAUCGAGCAAAAAGGAUAGCCUAUGCCAAGAUGAUGAUUCAAAAGUCUUCUGACUACUGGAAACAUGUUCUUUGGUCAGAUGAAUCCAAAUUUAACUUAUUUGGGUCUGAUGGCAAGGUUAUGGUAUGGCGAUCGAGGUCAGAAGAGUAUGAGCCGAUAUGUACAGUACCCACAGUGAAACACAAUGGAGGGAAUGUGAUGGUUUGGGGAUGUUUUUCACGUAGUGGUGUCGGAAACUUGUUUUUUAUCGAUAAUAUCAUGGAUCGAUUUUGUUAUCGUGAAAUUCUACAGAAGAACUUACUACAAUCUGCAAUGAAACUUGGCUUAACAAGGUCAUUAGUAUUCCAGCAUGACAACGAUCCAAAACAUACAGCCAAGAUUGUAAAGGAUUGGCUGAACGGGAAAAAGAUUGAAGUGUUGAAAUGGCCUGCUUCGUCACCCGAUCUCAAUCCGAUUGAACAUGUAUGGGACGAACUAGAGCGAAGAAUGAAGAAACACCAUCCAAGCAACAAAGAAGAACUCAAAAAGGCCCUUCUUCAGGAGUGGAAUGGUAUCGGUGAUGACGUAACAGAGAAACUUGUUGAUUCUGUACCGAAUCGAUUGUAUGAGUGUAUACGUAUGCAGGGCUAUCCUACGCGAUACUAA